AUGGCCUACGACCGAUACGUCGCCAUCUGCCAUCCGCUGCACUAUGAGAGAGUGAUGAACGGGAGAGCUUGUGUCCACAUGGCCACAAGUGCCUGGAUCACUGGUAUGGUCUACUCUGCCCUGCACACUGAGAGCACCUUCAGGUUACCCUUCUGCCAAUCCAAUGUCCUCAACCAGUUCUUCUGUGAAAUCCCCCAGCUCCUCAAGCUGGCCUGCUCCGACUCCUAUCUCAGUGAACUUGGGCUUCUUGCCGUCAGUGCCUUUUUAGAUUUGAAUAUCGUAUUAGGUUUAACAUGCUUUGCUUUUAUCAUUGUGUCGUACGUUCAGAUCUUCAAAGCAGUGGUAAGAAUCCCUUCUGAGCAGGGCCGGCACAAAGCCUUCUCCACCUGCCUCCCCCACCUUGCUGUGGUCUCUUUGUUCCUUUCUACUGGCUUAUUUGAAUACCUGAAACCCACCUCCAGCUCAGCAUCAAAUCUAGAUCUCCUGGUGGGUGUUCUCUACGCCGUGGUGCCUCCCAUGCUGAAUCCGGUCAUCUACAGCAUGAGGAACAAGGAGAUCAAAGCUGCCUUGAAGAAACUGAUUGUAUCCAUUUUAUUCUCCAACUAA